AUGCAUGAAUACAAAGUUUAUGUUGAUGAAGACGAAACCAUUUAUGCGAAUAAUGAGAUUGUACAACUUGCAAACGUUAACGAAUUGCUGAAAACUCGGAGUCUCGAUGAACUUCUGAGACAAGACGCUUUGGAUGUGGAGAAGGCAGAAGAGAAUGUAACUUGGUAUCAUGGGAACAUAUCAAGACAGUCGGCCGAGUCCAUUCUUAAGGAAGCAAUUGAGAAGCAGGGCAGCAAAGACGGCCUCUUUCUGGUUUGGGGCAGAACCUCGUCGAAGAAUGAUUUCUCUUUGUCUCUCGUGUUCGACGACAGGAUCUAUCAUUUCCAGAUACACCAGGUGUUUGACGGUGUUUAUCAGAUGGAAGACGGGCGAGUCAUCCAUGGUCUUGACCAGCUGAUAGUGUACUACAACAAUGGCGCACAUGAGCUGCCCACCAAGCUGUCGAAUUUCUGCAAGGCAUGGGCGCCUCCGAGUCACAGCCGUAAAUACGGAGUAACCAAUCUGCUGCAUCGAGCUGUUCUUGGAGGUGAUCGCGAUCUCGUACAUCGCGUGCUGUGUCACACUAAGUGCCCCAAGGUCAAUGCAAAGGACUCAAAGGGUGAGAUUUAUGUCUUAUCAGACUUGAUUAUCAUUGAAAAUUUAUCAGUUCACGAUGUGACGAUAGGCUCGGCAGCGCUGCACAUCGCCGCAUUCUACGGUUUCGAUGACGUCAUCGACGCGCUGCUCGAUUACAGUGCUGAUGUCAAACUGCUCGAUACCAACGGCCACACUGCACUUCACAGAGCUUGUGUAAACAAUAAUCCAAAGACUAUCGCCAUUCUGAUGAGAAAGGGUUGCAGUAACGUCCAAGCGCGGUGUCCUCGCAAUGGCUGGGUUCCCUUGCACGUAGCGGCCAUGAAAGGUCACAUCGUCUGUAUAAAGAUGCUACUGCUAUACAAUGCCACACAUUUGCCUCGGAGUAAUGACAAUAAAACUCCUUGGGACCUUGCAGAACAGUAUGGAAGACAAGAUUGUGUUCAGUUUUUGGAUGGCAUAGAAGCAGAUCUGGAGAAGGUGGAUAAAAUCAGGCAAUGGCCUAUCCCCCUUAAUCCAGAAGAGGUGAAGAAAGUUCUUGGAUUUUCAAGUUAG